AUGAAGAGCCUCCUGCUAUUGACCAUGCUCCUUGUACUUGUGCACCUGGCCAUGGCUUGGAGUGCCAAGUAUGCUGUGGAUUGCCCAGAACACUGUGACACUAGCGAGUGCAGAAGCAGCCUGCACUGCAAGAGGACAGUGCUGGACGACUGUGGCUGUUGCCAGGUGUGCGCUGCAGGGCCGGGAGAAACCUGCUACCGCACUGUCUCAGGCAUGGAUGGCGUGAAGUGUGGCCCAGGGCUGAGGUGUCAGUUUAACAAUGAGGAGGAUGAUUUUGGUGACGAAAUUGGUAUCUGCAAAGACUGCCCCUACGGUACCUUCGGGCUGGAAUGCAAGGAGACCUGCAACUGCCAGGCAGGCAUAUGUGACAGGAUGACAGGCAAAUGUCUGACAUUUCCCUUCUUCCAAUAUUCAACAGCCAAGCCUUCCAGCAGGAGCUCUGUCUCUCCCACAGAGCAGGACAUGGCAUCUGGAGAUGGCAGCACUGUGAGAGAAGAAAUUGGGAAAGAGAACCCUGCAAGUUCCUUUGUAACGAAAUGGUUAAAACCACGCUGA